AUGGCCAGGCCGCCGCCCUUGAGGCGUAGCACCACCGCGGCAGCGGCAGCAACACCUCCGCCCAAGCUAAAACCGGUCAUCAAUCUGGAGGAAUGGGACGCGAAGACGCAACUCAGCGAGUCUGCGCUGCGGACCGUGCACCGAAUCGAGCUGGCCAGCAAGAAAACGCCUUUGCCACCGAAGUUUAGCUUGGAAGAUCCGGAGAGUUCAUCUCGUCCGUCCACCCCUGCUGGACUCCGCAACAAGCUGGGUGGGAUAGCGGGCGGCUCACGGCCGUCUACGCCGUCCAAUCGCCAGCACACGAGUACACAUCCGCUCCACCCCAAAGCACCCAUUCAGACGCCCCAACAGUUUUACGACUGGUACGCGCUCAUCGAGCGGUCGGUCGCGCGCAGCCAGGAGGCGCACUUCAGGGCACAUCUCGACAAUGUAUCGUCGCACCUCGCUACUUGCGAGGAGCUUGCGCACAAGAUCGACGAGGUGGACGGAGAUAUUUCGGGGAUGUUGGAGCAUUGGAAGCUUGUCGAGGAUGGGGGGAAGAACUUGAAGGAGGCCUGUGAGCGCCUUCUCGAGGAGAGGGACAGGUUGAUCGGCACGACGGAGGAAAUUGGACAACGACUGGAGUAUUUCCAGGAACUCGAGCAUGCGACUCGCAUGCUCAAUCAUCCCGGAGAGUCGCUCGUCUUGCAGUCGGAUUUCCUGUACAUGGUAGAGAGGGUGGACAUCUGCAUCCAAUACAUGCAGUCUCACCGGCACUUCCGCGAAGCCGAGCUGUACCUCCUCCGAUUCCAACAAUGCAUGACCCGUGCCAUGACACUCAUCAAGAUGUUCUUCGUCGGUUCCCUGCGCGCCCUGACGGCCGACGUUACGCGUCGCAUAUCGGAAAAGGACGUUUCCCUCACCGCCCAAUCUCAUCUCUUGUACACCCGCUUCAAGACUGUCGCGAACACCGUUCGCCCGCUCUUGAACGAGCUAGAACGAAGAGCCGCCGCCCACCCGGAGACGCUUUCGGGGCUGCUGGACGACUGCCAUCAAGCCUAUUUCACAGCGCGCCGGCGACUCCUCAUCGACCGGCUCACGGAGGAGAUCCGAGGCCUCGACCCUUCACGGACGGAGUUGGUGGAGCUUACCAGAGCGGGAUGUAGCUACCUCAAGCAGGUGUGCACGGACGAGUUCAUGCUUUUCCGAUCGUUCUUCAACUCUGGCGAAGAGCUGCUCUACGAAUACCUCGAGAAGCUGUGCGACUAUCUCUACGACGACCUUCGUCCUCGUAUCCUCCACGAACAGCGCCUCAGCGCCCUCUGCGAAGUCUGUACCGUCCUGCAGGCGCUUAUGGUGCUCGAUGUUCCAGUCGUCGAGGACGGCUCCGACGACGAAGACGACGAGGAUCUGCUUUUGAUGAUGGACCCCACGGCAGGCGGAAAGGCCGACCAUCGCGGCCUGAGGCAACUCCAGAUCGGCCACCUGCUCGAGAUGGUCUUGCAAGACGCGCAAACCCGGCUGUUCUUCAAGGCCCAGGCGGUCAUUCAAUCGGAUAUCCGGUACUACGUACCCAUAGCGGAGGACCUUGCAUAUCCUGACAAGCUGGUCGGUCAGUGCACGGGAACCCUUGACGCGCGGAAGCCUCCACCGAGCAACGCGAUCCGAGAGAAGGAGAGUGUCAGCGAGUUGUUCCAUCUUCCGUCGAUGGAAAGAAGGAGCACGUGGUAUCCGACAUUGGAGAGGACGGUAUGGGUCCUGUCUCAGUUGCACGACUUCGUCAAGCCCGAGAUCUUCAAUGACAUGGCUCACGAGGCCAUCAGCGUGUGCCUACAGUCGCUGGUCGUCGCGUCCGACCACAUCAAGCAGCGGAACACGCCUAACAGCGCCUUGGAUGGUGCUCUCUUCCUCGUUCGCCACCUCUUGAUCUUGAAGGACAUGACGAAUACGCUGGACCUUGCCUCCAGGGCAUCCGAUUCUGUGACGGAUCCUCACGGAAUCAAUGAAACGUUAGCCAACGUGUUGGGCAGGACGACAUCACUGCUGCCCGCCGCGCUCUUCACCUCGCUGGGAUCAACACAGGGCAUCGACAAAGAGCUCCAGCGCGCCUGCGAGGAAGUGAUCUUCCACUGCGCGGAGCCCAUCUGCGCGCCGCUGCGGAACUGGCUCGAUCGCGCCCGGAUGUACAACCAGCAGAAACACGAGGCGCCGCUGAUCUCCCAGGACUGGGCGACGCAGCCGAGGGCGGAGGAGCUCGAGAGCCACUUCAGGCUCGCGUGCGAGCGCGAUCUGAGGGCGGCGGUGAUCAGGAUGAAGCUGUACCUCGAGGACGAGCGGACGGUGGGCGUGCUCGUGGUGCACGCGCAGGAGCGGAUCGUGGAUGAGUAUGUGGGGUUCGCGGAGAUGGUGGGGACGCUGUAUCCGGGCGAUAUGCGGUCGAAGCUGAUGUCUGUGGAGGAGCUGAAGGGGAUGUUGUGGAGGGUGUGUAAUGAGUCGGGGCCGUGA